CUUUUUAGAGUAAUCCAGUAAAAUGGCUUCUUCGCAUCUUAACUGGUUGAUCGUGCGUGAUCAUAACUCAUUUUUGAUUAAGCAGCGAAAUCUUCGCAAACCCUUCAGCAAGGAGGCCAACAACUUGAUGAAUGUCAGCACAUUCCGAUAUUCAGGAUUGGUUCACACAAAAUCCCUCGGUGUCGUUCCUUCAGUUGACAAGAAAGGUGUCAUCUUAGUCUACAAAAAGGCCAAGAAAGCUAAUAAGCCGGCUGAAAGUACCGGCCGUAUCACCUUCAAAUCGGGACAAAAACGUACAUUGAAGAAGAUUAAGAACGUAAUCAAGUCACAGAAGUACCGCCCCGACCUCCAGCAAGCUGCCUUACGUCGUGCAAGCGCAAUUUAUCGUUCACAGAAGACAAAGCCCACGAAGAAGACAAAAGGAGCUGCCAAGAAAGCUGAGUAACUUCAAUCCAUAGGUUUUCUUUCCAUCGACAGCCAACAUUUCUUUGUGAAAACAAAAAAUUACAAUAAAAGCAUAAAAAAACCUGAAA